AUGUUCUUCAAAAAUAUUAAACAUAAGGAUUUGGCGUGUUUCGGAGUGACCACAUUUGUGUUGGUCGUGUGCUUCACCCUGAUCUCAGUCUUCUCAGGAUUCGAACACGAAUCCCAGAGAUAUAAGACGAUGAUGGUGACCGUCGUACUGGUGUUCUUUUUCCUGUACCUCGUCUACGAACCCCUCCGGUUCCUUGUGAUGGCCAUCGAUUACGCCACUUGGCCGGACGAGGAUCAGCCCUACAAGGCAGAGAGGGGUUUAUCCAAGCCUAACCACAUUGCCUACUUAAAGGUCCGUCUGCGUAGUCUGCGCUCUGAACUCCUAAUCACCGAGAGACACCGGAACGAGAAACUGAAUCGGAGGUACAAACAUAUUGCCGGGGACCUUUUGCUCUACGGCUCGUAUUUCGUGGCCCUCAUGGUGGUGGUGGUGAUGCAAGAGGACCAGUGUCUUUACUACAAUACCAACAACAUGCAGCGACUCUUCAGGGACAAUACCUCGGUCACCUUUGGCCUGACGGAGGUUUAUUUUAUCUACCAGAUCCACUAUUAUCUCAGGAUUACCAUGGUCGAAGCCUUUUUUUCGCCAAACACCUAUGGUUACGAGGGCUGGUGGGCCAUGGAGCAGUGGCAGAAGAUCGGGGUGAUUCGGUUGCGCCAGGUACGUCCCGUCCACAGCCACAAUGGACUGGGCGAGCCCGAGUGGGACACCACCACGUAUUCGCCCGAGUGGCGCCUCCCCUACCAGCGGCUGCAUUAUACGGACAAGUUCUGGCGAAUUUAUGAACCCUUUCGACCGGCCCAAUUCGAGAUAACCUUUCUCAAUGGCCUCCUGCUGAAUUUCAAUCACUGGGGCUAUUUGCUUAGAUACCCGGAACUCGCGGGCUACAUAGUUCUGUUGAUGAGUACAAAGGUAAACUGCCUUAAGCAGAUAGAAUACCUGAAAUCCUACAGUUGGCUGAAUAAAAACACCUCGGCUCUGUUUAUUGACUUUACCAUGUACAAUGCGGAUAUGAAUGCAUUCACGGUGAUCACUUUGCGCGUGGAGAACUCCCAGUUUGGCGUCCAGCUACCUCGGGUGCAUGUGGACACUGUAAUGAUGCUGGGCUCUGUGGAAACCAGGAGCGCCUUUGAGCUUUUCGUCCUGUUCGUGUACGCCAUCCUGGUCAUCCAAUUCGGUCGUGGAGUUUUUUCCAAGAUAUGGCACGAUCGGACCGCGCUCCACGAGGCCUGGACCGCGGUGGACCUGGUAAUUUGCAUGCUAAAUAUCUUCCUGUUGGGUCUGACUGUAAUGCGCGACAUUGAGACGGACGAUCUGUCCGAUAUGAUCGAGACAAACACCAGGGGGCAAUACCUCGACUUCCAGCGCCCAUUGGUCCUACAUCAGGUGCUGGGCAUUGUUAAGGGCUUCCUGGUCGCCAUCACCACUUUGCGGCUGUGGAAGGUCCUGCAGUUUGCCGCCGUUUUCCAGCACUUCACCCAUACCCUCUUCUACGCCUGGCGAGCAGUGGCCAGCCUGGGUGUGAUCAUCCUAGUCCUCCUCAUGGGCAUCGGCAUCGCCCUGGCCGUGCCGAAUGGGAACAAUGCCGAAGUCUUCCAUCACAUCAUCCAGGCCGUCAUCACCUGCUUGUGGUACUCCGUGGGCUUUAGCGGGGGCAUCAAACCAACGGAUUUCUUCCACGGAGGCCGCAUCCUGGGCAUUAUGCUUUACCUGGUGCUGGUCUUUCUGCUGGCGAUUCUCCUGAUGAACGUGUUCGCCUCCGUCAUCUAUGACUACUUCAACGAGACGGGCAGGGACUUGAAGGAGCAGACGGGCGUGAAGCAAAUCACCUUUUGGGAGUUCCUGCGCAUCGAGUACGUGGAUGUGUGCACGCGGUGGUUCCGAUGCACUCAAAAAAAGUACCAUCGUCGUGGUCGCACUGUUGCACAGAACGUGGAAUGGACGCUAAGCCUACAGGAGGAGGAAAUGCUAAACAAGCAACCAAAGCCAAGGAUCUCCGACGCGGAGCGUCAUGCAGACUACCUGAGACGCGGCGAACGGAUGUUCAAGCUCAUGGCCAUCCUGAAUGUCCAGGUCGAGAUGCUGGAGCGUUUGGUUCUCGGCGACGAGAAUGGUAAUCUGCCCACGCCACCGGCAUCCGACUCUGAUCCCGACGAUAUGCCAGAAAUGUAUCGCAAACGGCGUACAGUAGAACUGGGACAAUUAUAAUACCCCCAAAAUA